UUUAGAGAGGGCAGAGCUUCUCUUCCAUCCUAGCGACCUUUGGUAUACACUUACAUAGUCUGAAACGCAUGGCGUCCAUGUUUGAAUCUGGCGGCCGUGGCGACUUCCUCUUCCGGUAAUGCGGUCCCUGUUUGGCUUGUGGAGUAAGUCGUGUUUCCCUGCUGUACCGUGGGGACUGAUCAGCUGCCGAGAAAUGGCAAAGAGCAAAUUUGAGUACGUGAGGGACUUCGAGGUGCAGGACACUUGCCUCAGGAACUGCUGGGUGCUGGUCAGGGUGGAUGGGCGAAACUUUCAUCGGUUUGCUGAGCAGCAUCAUUUCACCAAACCCAAUGAUGUCCGUUCUCUGCAGCUCAUGAAUCGUUGUGCUCAGAAUGUCAUGGAUGAGCUGGAUGAUAUCUGCCUGGCUUAUGGACAAAGCGAUGAAUACAGUUUUGUCUUUCACAAGAAAUCUAACUGGUACAAAAGAAGAGCAAGCAAGUUUAUGACCCACGUGGUCUCGCAGUUUGCCUCCAGCUAUGUCUUCUACUGGAAGGAAUACUUCCCGGAUGUGCCAAUCCUCUGUCCGCCAGGAUUUGAUGGAAGGGUUGUCCUGUACCCCAGUGAACAGAACCUUAAAGAUUAUCUGAGCUGGAGACAGGCUGAUUGUCACAUCAACAACUUGUACAAUACCGUAUUCUGGUCUCUUGUACAGAAAGGAGGUUUAACACCAGCGCAGGCGCAGGACCGGUUAAAGGGAACUCUUGCUGCAGAAAAGAAUGAAAUCUUAUUUUCCGAGUUCAACAUCAACUACAAUAAUGAACCACUGUUGUACAGGAAAGGUUCUGUCCUUAUAUGGCAGAAGGUGAAUGAAGUGAGCAAGAAAAGGAUAAAACUCCCCAAUGAGGUGGAUGAGAAGGAGGUUGAAGUAUCCCGUUGGAGAAAGGAAACCGUCAUAUUGCACUGCGAUGUCAUCGGAGACCAGUUUUGGGAGGAGCAUUCAUCCAUCCUUUCAGACGACAGCUGACUUUUACCACUAUGUCUGUUUUGCUAUUUAUUUUAUUUGUACCUCCUCCAGGUAUAAAAGAAUUAAGAAAAUACCUAGACAUGUGAUGAUGCUACAAGUAAACUAAUAGAGAGCAUACUGUAAUAUAUGUAAAUAUUUUCAUACCUUAAUAAAAUAUAAUCAUUGCUGAAGCCUGUAUUGCACCCAGCUGUUCUAAGAUAAGAAGGCAUUAUGUUACAGUAAAAAGGUUGCUUUUUAAAAUGA